AAAUGAUGUUUUAUGUCGGCAGUGUCGGAAAAUAAACGUGGCUAUACGUAGUAUACAAUCGAAAAUGGAUAUACUGGCGCUAAUGUACAGGGGUUUUCGACGGUCCCAUGAAAAAGACCGGGAUGGCCUCUCUCAUCAGGCUUCUCUCUGAUUUAGCUUCGACCAGAGAGAGCCUGAGAGCGGUCAUGGACGACGAUUUGGCUGUUACCGAAUCCUGUAGGUAAUGUGCACAAUUUUUUGUGAUUCUCUUCCGUGUUAUGUUUAUGAUUUUUUGGUUCUCUUUCGCCAGGUUCACGAUUUUUUUUUGUUUUUUACCGAAGAAAAUAAAAAAAUCGUUGGACAUAGCACGGAAGAGAACCACAAAAUCGUGAACAUUACCGACAGGAUUCGGUAACAGACAUCAGCUGAUCAGCCAAAUCGUGUUCAUGACCAUGACUGUGGUACUAUCAUGCACGUGUACAUGCAAUGAGUAACGAAUGAAGACCUUUUUAAUAUUUUAAGUGUCAAACAAUUUUUCUGCCGUUUUUACCUUGGAUAUUUCGACAAAAAGAAAGACAUUACUUCGCUUCCUUAUUAUUUACUGUUAACGCACCGAGGUUAUUUGGUGAACGGAGCAGAUAUCGAUGCAUUUCAUGAAGCACAUAUAUUUCCACAAAGAAAGAAAUGGACAUUGCCAGCCCUACUCCUCAAGAUCUGCAGACGAAGCUUUACUUCCUGGUGGAACAGCUGCAGCACAUGGCUGGCGAAUUACCGCCGAAGUAUCAGAUGCGGUUGCCUUACGAAUUGUUAUCUGGCUUGGCGAACUCGUUGUUGAACGACACCAUCUUUGAGAUAGUGAAGGGUUUGAUGGAGAUACAACACGUCACCGAAAAGCAUCUCUUCCAACAGCGACUACAGCUUUUGAAUCAACAGAAGAUCGAGUGCCAGGAAGCGUUGUCGGCGACGAUGACGGACGAAGAGCUAGCCUCGAUGAAAGUAGCGCUGUACAAGAAGCACAAGGAGGAGUUGAAGCAAAUGGACAUGAAAUUGGUCCUGCAGCUAGAUCAAAAGGUAGCUGAUCAGCAAAGCAUAUUGGAAAAGGCUGGAGUGCCUGGAUUCUAUGUGACGAAUAAUCCAGUGGAGAUUCAAGUGCAGAUGAGGCUGUGCGACUUCAUAAUCAGGCUCAGUAAGAUGGAUAUACCAACUUGACACGAAUAUAAAGUUAUCUUUUAUAUCAGUCUCAUUUAUUCAGUCAUAUUUAUCACGUACAGAUACCAAUUACGUCAUUCUUUUAUUAUAAAUUAUUAUACUUGUCAUUAAUUAGUUAUAUAUUUAACAUUAAAUUUUAAAGGCUGAAUCUAUUGAAGACUGUAAUGAUUUAUAUUGUAUAAUGUUUUAUUUUUAAACCAAGAUUUUCUUACAUACAAUGUAAUGUUACAAACAUUGUUGUAUUAAAAGGUAUUAUCACUAAAAUUUACUUCUGCUAAUUAAAAGUACAACAGAUUAGCAAUAUGUACAAUAGUUUCUUCGGAAUGGAAAAAUAUUUGCAUAGUUACAUAGAUAUUAUGCAUGAAUUAUUCAAGGAGAAAAAUAAAUUUUUACCAAGAAGAAAUACAAGUCUUGAGAAAAGUAAAAGAUAUAUUUUCCUUAUAUGUAUAUUUGCAUUUAU